AUGGCGAUGAGUUCAACUCUUCUGUAUCCGCCUACAGCAUACGCCACAGAGGACCCUAUGCGACCUCCUAUGCCGCAGUCUAUGCCCCAGUCCAUGUCCCAACCUAUGUCGCAACCACUACCGCAGCCUGUACCUCAGCAAGAGCCCGACUCCAUCGAAAGUACACCUAGCUUCUCAGAUUAUCAUCAUUUAACCUUCCGUCAACAACCCGAGCGCGCCCGCGUUGCCGGAUCCAAGGACAAGGAGCGUAAACCUAUCGACCCACCCCCUAUUAUCCAGCUUGAAGUCAAGGGCGAUUGUGAAGCUUCAAACAACUACCUUCAAAGUCCCUACUACUUUAUGUGCUGCUCAUUAUAUACCGCCGCAGAAGGCAACGACUCGAGCCCUAUAGUACCCGCAUGUGCCCUAGCGGGCACUUUGGUAUCCUCACUGCAUCGCCUAAAGGAUAUGCAAAACAAAGAUGGUGGCUUCUUUGUAUUCGGUGACCUUUCCGUCAGGGUAGAAGGAGAAUUCAGGCUCAUGUUUGACUUAUUCGAACUCAAAGGCGCCAAACGUGAUCAAGCCAUCCAUAUCAAACGCAUUAGUUCAAACCAAUUCAAAGUUCUCGCUCCGAAAAACUUUCCCGGAAUGGCCGAGUCUACUUAUCUGUCGAAAUCAUUUGCCGACCAGGGAGUCAAGCUCCGAAUUCGCAAAGAGCCACGAACACUUUUGUCCACUAAAAGGCAUUAUAGCCACAGCGAUAACUAUCAAAACACCUCGCCCAUCGAACAGUCUCGCUCUCCAAAACGCCAGGCCAUCACACCCCAAAACCAUCAUCAAACCACUCCAAUAUAUUCAACCCAACAUCCGCUACAGCCUAGCCAUGCUGCACAACCAAUGCACGCAGGACAUCAAGGCCAAGCGACAUCACCCUAUGCUGCUGCCCAGCAAUUUCCUAUGAAUAAUGGCCUCGUUCCAGCUUCAUGGUACCCUAUGAGAUAA